CAUUGGUGCGCGCAACAUCUCAGCGGGAAAAUGACCGCCUCUUUAGUGCCGCGCUUCUAAAAUAAAAGACGAUCGAGCUUUUGAAAAAGUUUUUCGUACUUAUGAAUUCGAUGGAAAGUGAGUGCGGUGGAAUUUAAAAAGUGAUUUAUUGAUUCCGGAUUUGGGGAAAGUUGCGGAGGUUUCACUUUGGUGAAUAAUGGAUUGAACAUCAUUAAUUUACAACAACAGAUAAGAGAACAUCAAAAAUGUACACGAAAAUAAUCGUGGGUUUUAUUGUGACUGUAUUUAUAUUAAGCCCUGCUACGAGCGUUGAAAUUUCCAAGAAUCACGAAUUGAUUGUAAACAGAUAUCUUAAAAACAUAGAUCAUAGUAAAACAACUCAUUUGUAUAGUAAACAAACAUCAGUAAAAACAGAUGGUAGCUCUAAUAUAUAUAUUCACCGGUUGGAACAGCUGAAAGGUAGUUUUGAGAAUAACAAAACGGUGGAACGCUUUAAAGAUGUAAACAAAGAUGAAAUUAAAAUUCAUCAUGAAAUACGGAAACGUACAAUAGAUAUAGAUUACAACGAUUCGGAUAAAGAAAACGGUGACAUCGAAACUGAUGUGGAAUCAGAGAAAGCAAACAUGACACCAUCGGAAGAUUGUGUUGGCUUAGCAGAUUACUGUAACAUGUCGAAAGAGGAAUACGUAUCCAUGUUACAAGAUUAUAUAUACCCUCAGACGUAUGAAUGGGUACUUAUCGCUACACACACAACAGUUUUUAUAAUAGGGUUAGUGGGCAACGCUUUAGUAUGCAUUGCGGUGUACAGAAAUCAUACCAUGAGAACAGUGACGAAUUAUUUCAUUGUGAAUUUAGCAGCUGCAGAUUUUAUGGUGAUAUUAUUCUGUUUGCCUCCCACUGUGCUUUGGGAUGUCACGGAGACAUGGUUCCUUGGCAACACGUUAUGCAAAGUCCUUCUCUACUUCCAGUCGGUGUCGGUGACGGUGUCGGUGCUGACGCUGACGUUCAUCAGCGUGGACCGCUGGUACGCCAUCUGCUUCCCGCUCAAGUUCAAGUCCACCACCGGUCGGGCCAAAACAGCCAUACUCGUCAUUUGGGCUAUAUCAUUACUAUUCAAUUCCCCGGAGCUGAUAGUACUGGAAACGGUGCAAAUGGUACCACUCCGUUUCAACCUGCAAUACCUGGUGCAGUGCAUGGCGACCUGGUCUCCCACCAGCGAGGUCAUCUGGCACAUCCUGAAGGUUCUGCUGAUAUAUACGAUACCACUGCUUCUCAUGACGAUAGCAUACCACCAGAUCGUGAGGGUUCUAUGGAAGAACGAGAAGAUACCCGGUCAAGCAGAGACAGUCAAGUUGGCGUCGGCUGAACAAACUCAGCUUCGUUCGAGGAGAAAAGCUGCCAAAAUGCUGGUGGCUGUUGUGAUAAUGUUCGCUGUGUGCUACUUUCCUAUACACCUGCUGUGUAUACUGAGGUACACCAUGGAUAUGGAACAAAAUGACGCAGUGACAUUCUUGGCACUGGUCUCCCACGUGAUGUGCUAUGCCAACUCAGCGAUCAAUCCACUCAUCUACAACUUCAUGAGCGGUAAGUUCCGGAGAGAAUUCCGCCGCUCGUUCUGGUGCUCAAACUCGUCUGUACCAGAGAACUUUACCACGCUCAGUCGUCUGACCACGUCCAAGACUCGACGGCAGUGCACACACGCCGACCAUAGGUCACACAUGUGCACAACUCAUUUCAUCCACAACCAUUACACAAGAGACUGCCCUGUAUACGACUAAACGCGUUUGUUAGAGACUUAAAAGUUAAACUUAUUAAUUAACUAGCGGCCGACCGCGAUUCCUCCGCUAUAAUUUUCGGAUUUUUUUUUGAGAAUCCCAAAAGAACCUUUAAUUUUUCUAGGAUAAAAAAAACGAGUGUGCUUAUGACCACACGACUGAAGUGAAACUUCUUUGGCUCCAUCUGUAUAUAUGUUACGCUCAAAGAUCGAAAACGCUCAGUGAGCGGAAAAAUAGCUCACAACGCGUUGUGGUCACAGUAAAACAUCCACAUCGCGAAAUUCGUGUUAUGGCUCUAAUGAAAACGCGCACGACGCGUUGUAGCAAUUACAGAAAGACCAAAUAGCAAAAUUCGUGUCGUGGCUGACAUGCUAUUCGAUCUCAACGCAUUGUGGCAAUGAAGAAGAGCCAUGACGCGUUCUGAGCAUUCAUUGUUUUUACCAUAUCACGACGGACAGGUUGUAAGUUGCUGCACGUCCUCUAUCAAGAGGACGUGCAGCACCCAGGAAUGUUAUGUGUGUUGUUAUGAUCAUUAAUUCAUCAGGUCUCUACCAGUUAGGAAACAAGGAAGGUACUCGUACAUUCGAUAGACUUUAUGCACGUAAUGAGUUUACACUUUCUGAAACCAACUUUAUUAACUUUUGUGAUAUGCCCUCAACUUCGUCAUUAACACUUCGCUCAGCAUCUAUGUUAUCAUCUGGAAGUAAGGAAGUGUUUAUAAUGUGUCACUGCAAAAGAUAAUGUAUUGAUAGAAAGUGCAAGUGUCGCUCCAAUAAUAUAAAAUGCAACUCAAAAUACCACAGUAAUAGUUCCUGUAAAAAUAAAUAGCAAUCAAAUACUUAUUUUUCACAAUUAUCGUAAUUUCUAAUAUAAGUAAUUGAUUUAAGUACAUUGUUGUUGUUUAUUGGUGAUCAAUAAACAUUUAUGUUUGUGUUAAAUAUUUUUAUUACAUGAAAGAAUUUUAAAUUGUCAUAAAAAAAUUGAAAUCCCUACUUAUUUUAAGUGAAUUAUAAGUAAUUUACAAUUGAUAUAUAUUUUGUGUUUAGUAAUUUAUUACUUAAUACGUUGAUUUUUUUAAAUAUAAAGUAAUCUUAAUAAAAGCAAAUAUCGUUUUAUUUUAAUUAAUAUAAUUAUAUAACAUAUUUAAUAAUGACAAACACGCUAUGCAGUGAUUUUAUAAAAUAUUUCCUAAAGACAUCUACCAAAACGUUUCCAGCCUAGGCCUAGUAGGAUCCAUAUCGGAAAGUAGUGUGCGUCGUAAUUAAAUAAUAUUCCAUACGCGUCAUGGCUUUUCUUCAUUGCCACAACGCGUUGAGAUCGAAUAGCAUGUUUGGUCGGGAGAAUUUCGCUAUUUGGUCUUUUCGUAUUGCCACAACGCGUCGUGCGCGUUUUCAUUAUAGCCAUAACACGAAUUUCGCGAUGUGGAUGUAUUACUGUAACCACAAAGCGUUGUGAGCUAUUUUUCCGCUCACUGAGCGUUUUCGAUCUUUGAGCGUAACAUAUAUAUAUACGCA